AUGGUGAACAAAUCAAUACAUCAAUCCCAAACUUCUUUGGGGUUCUUUGAAAUCAUUAGGAAGUCUUUCAAAACCACAAGCAGAAACUGGAAAAUGUUGGGUCCAAUCCUAGUUCUUGUGUUUGUUUCAUUUUCCCUGUUAGAUUUUGCUCAAAAGUAUGUGCUUGCACCUGUUGUCAAAGAUUUUGUGUUACAAUUAGCUGAGCACCCGAACAUGGUUCAAGAUUUCACAUACAAUAUUGAUCAAACCAUUUAUUCUGGCGCACUGAAUGAUAUUCGUGAAAUUUUCCUUGUCAAAGUCUUGAUCAAGGCCAGUUCCUUUAUCAUCUCUCUAACUUUCUUGGUUGCUGUAGUUUCUUCUUCAUUCGAACCUGAAACUGCAAAAGUAUUAGACCCAAAAGACCUUAACUUGAUAUUCAUAAAAAGAUGGAACCGACCAUUAGUCACUAGCUUUUACAUGAUUCUGCUCAUUUUGGGCAUCAUCUUUCUUUACUUCAUUUCUAUUGGCAUAACCACCAUUUUGGCAAUAAAUUCAUGGGCACUUCUCUUCGCUGGAGCAAUCACUCUUUCGAUCCCAGUUUGUUACUUUUACAUGGCUGCCCUUUGGAUUGUAAGUAUGGUUGUUUCGGUCUUAGAAGAAGGGUAUGGCGGUCUUAAAGCAAUUGGGAGGGCUGCUGAGCUAAUGAAAGGAAAAAGAUUACAAGCGUCACUGAUGAUGGUUGUAUUUUCUGUUGCAUAUGGUUUUGUUCAUCAGAUAGGUAAUAACAUUGCGAGCAACAAUUUGAGCAUGGGCACACAGCUUGCUAUCGGGAUUCCUUUGACAAACGGACUCUCUUGCACCUUGACACUCUUUAUGUUUGUGGUGUAUACCGUUUUCUACCAUGAAUGGAAAACAAUCCAUGAUGAGAGGGAGGGCAAAGGCUUUUAUCUUCCAAUUGCUGAUGGUGAAGCUUAG